ACCAGCCUCACCUAGAAGUCUGCUUAGUUUCAUUGUGGUUGCGUGUGUUUGAUGAGUUGUGGAGGAAAGAGGAGAUGUGGUCCUUUUUUGCCAGGGAUCCUGUCAAAGACUUUGCAUAUGAAAUUCUUCCGGACACCCAGGAGAAAUCCGGAAUAUGGACCCUACACCGGGGAAAGCGGAAGACCAAUGGCGAGCCAGUUUCGGUGUUUGUGUACGAGGUAGCACAGGGGACAGAGCAGCAGACCCAACUGGCCAAAGCUGCCUUCAAGCGCAUGAAGACCCUCCGGCACCCAAACAUCCUGGCUUACGUCGAUGGUUUGGAGACAGAGAAGAGCCUGUACCUGGUUACUGAGCAGGUGACACCCCUUUCAGUCUACCUAAAGGCCCAGGCAGACAAAGGUGGAGCUGGGGAACUGGAAGUUUCCUGGGGACUACAUCAGAUAGUGAAAGCUUUAAGCUUUUUGGUCAACGACUGCCACCUGCUACACAACAACUUGGGCGUUUGGUCUGUUUUUGUGGAUCGAGCUGGUGAAUGGAAGCUUGGGGGCCUUGACCAUGUUGUUCCUGAACAAGGUGACCCGAGCGGGGUCUCACUCCCCACUCCAAAGGCUGUAUAUCCAGACAUGGAGAAGUAUGACCCACCCGAGACGUCCAAUAGCGGUGGAGAAAAAUGGGCAGGGGAGGUGUGGCGACUGGGCUGUCUCAUCUGGGAGGUGUUCAAUGGGCCACUACCUCGCACAUCCUCCCUGCGUUCACUUGGAAAGAUCCCCAAGGCCCUGGUGCCUCAUUACUGUGAGCUAGUGGGAGCUAAUCCUCGUGCUCGACCCAACCCGGCCCGCUUUCUCCAGAACUCUAGAGCCCCAGGAGGAUUCCUCAGCAACAGCUUUGUGGAGAGCAACCUUUUCCUGGAGGAGAUACAGAUAAAGGAUCCUGCAGAGAAGCAGCAGUUUUUUCAGGAUCUCAGUGAAAAUCUGGACUCUUUCCCUGAAGACUUUUGUAAACACAAGGUCCUGCCUCAGCUGCUCACAGCAUUCGAGUUUGGCAACGCAGGCGCUGUAGUCCUCACACCACUUUUCAAGGUUGGAAAGUUCCUGUCUGCAGAGGAGUACCAACAGAAGAUCAUCCCUGUCAUUGUGAAGAUGUUUUCCUCCACUGACAGAGCAAUGAGGAUACGAUUGUUGCAACAGAUGGAGCAGUUCAUUCAAUAUCUGAACGAAGCAGCUGUCAAUUCCCAGAUUUUUCCUCAUGUAGUUCACGGCUUCACUGACACAAACCCUGCCAUCAGAGAACAGACUGUUAAGUCUAUGUUACUGCUGGCACCCAAGUUAAAUGAGACCAACUUAAACCAGGAAUUGAUGCGCCACUUUGCCCGACUGCAGGCCAGAGACGAGCAAGGCCCAAUCCGAUGUAACACCACGGUCUGCCUCGGCAAGAUCGCCUCCUACCUCAACGCUGGGACUCGUCAGCGUGUUCUGAUUUCUGCCUUCUCACGAGCCACGAAGGAUCCUUUUCCAGCCUCACGCUCUGCAGGGGUGCUGGGCUUUGCUGCCACACACAACUACUACAGCAUAACGGAGAUCGCAGCCCGCAUCCUGCCUACACUUUGUGCCAUUACUGUCGACCCGGACAAGAGCGUCAGGGACCAGGCAUUCAAAGCCAUUAAGAGUUUUCUUUCCAAGCUGGAGACCGUGUCAGAAGACCCUGCUAAGCUGGCUGAAAUAGAAAAGGAUGUGGCUUCAUGUGCCCAGCCAGCGGGUGCCUCUUCCUCAUGGGCCGGCUGGGCUGUGACCGGCAUGUCUUCUUUAACUUCAAAGCUGAUUCGCAAUGCUCCAGGGACGGAGGGGAGUGCAGCAGCUGAGGGUGGCGAGGCCACAAGCACUAUCAGCCCAACCAGUGACGCUAAAGAAGGACCUGCAGCUGGUUCUGAAGAAAAAACUCCACAAGCCUCUACAGCUCACCAUGCUGCCUCUAGUCGUGCCAACCAAUCACAGACCCUUGAAGUUAAAGACAAUGAUGAAGAGACACCAGGGGACCGCUGGGAUGAUGAGGAGGACUGGGGAAGUUUAGAGGAACCAGAAAAAGCGCUGACUGAGCCUGAUGACUGGAAUUCUGAUUGGUCAGAAAUGACAUCAACCAAAAAGAAGGCCAGUGACAAAGGCAUUGGUCGGACAUCCUCCAUGGCUGUAAAAAAGCAGAGCUCUGAUUGGAGCAGCUCAGGCUGGGACGCUGAUGACAGCUGGUCCAACGAGAAGGAAGGGCAGGGUCAGAGCUCGGCGGGCGAGGAGGGUUGGGGUAAUGACUGGGGGGAGGAGGACACGGACACGACCUUGACGAGUACGGCACUCUCUUUACCUGAAGGGGUGCGGUUGGCCAGCGAUUACAACUGGGACAGCAGCAGCGGAGCUAAAGGGGCCGGACAGAAUGAUCUUUUUGCCAGCGUGUCCCAGAGGAGCUCAGCCAGCACGGCUGCCACUACGGCUGGAGAUGGCUGGGGUGCAGAGGCAACAGGAGAUUGGGGGAAUGAGGAGAGCUGGGAGUCAGUGGAUGGGAACCAGGGUCUCAGUAAGGCUGAGCUGUCCAAGAAGAAACGUGAGGAGAGGAGGAAAGAGCUGGAAGCAAAACGGGCAGAGCGCAAAGCCGCGAAAGGUCCGCUCAAACUGGGUGCACGCAAGCUGGACUGAUUAGGGACACAAAUAAAGACUUAUGAGCGGAAAUGAAGUUGGGAAGGGUUUGGAUUAGAGCGAUCCUGGACCCAGCGGAUUUAACAGAGGCUUGACAUUCCACGGAGAACGAGGUGGUAGCAGAUGACGAAAUACUGUGA